AUGGACAGGGAAGAGAAGAAAAAGACUACAGCGUCAGUAGAGCAUGCCCGGAUGUUGCAAAAUGAAAUACAACAGUUAUUUGCUCAAUUGCAGGAUAUGAAUUCCCAGAUUCGCUGCGACCUUAAUGAGUUUGAACAAAUAAAGGAAUCUUCCACAACAGCGAAUUCAACCACGAACAGUGCUAACUGA